AUGACUGGACUUGUACUGAAGAUAAUGCAGGCCGUGCUAUCCUAUUUGAUAUUGCCAACUAUGGCCUUUUUAAUUUGCUUCUUCUUUGUACUUAAGUACAAUACUUAUCUGCGUACUCGUUGGUUUGCCUGGUUCCACUCCAACAUCUGGAAUCCUGUUGCUGAAAUCCUUACCUUCAAUAUGAAAAGAGAACACUUUGAAGGACUUCAAAGGAUGGUCUCGCACGAUCCGGAUCUCCGUAAAGAAGAGACGAUCCGGAUCCUGGAGAUUGGAGCAGCUCAUGGUUGUAACUUGGAGUUUUACCCUGACAAGUGCCGAUUCAUAGGCGUCGACCCUAACCCUUACUUCCACUCCUACUUUGACAAAGCUCACAGUUUAAAAAAGAAUCAGCAUGUUGUGGUCGAAAAACUCUUAUGCUGUGGAGCGGAAGACAUGAAAGAUAUUCCUGAUAAUAGUGUGGACGCUGUGACGUCAACCUACGUCAUGUGCUCGGUUACCAGUAUCCAGGAAACACUGAAAGAAAUUUUGAGAGUAUUGACUCCAGGUGGAAAAUACUAUUUUUUUGAGCAUGUUACUUUCCCUCAACGAACUUGGAGUAAAGCGAUCCAAGAAAAGUUCGAACCU